GUGUGUGUUUAUACGGACCGGGCUCCACGACUGGUUUCUCCAUCUCAUCUCACGUCUCGUCGCUGGACAGAGGGUUUGAGCGAACUGCUGCCAACAGUUUCUGAGUUUCCAAGGAUCCAAAACAUGAAGAAAGCUACAUCUGCCAAAGAGCUGAAUGUGGUGAUUGUGGGAUCACAAGGCUCACAUAAAGAUCUGGUUGGAAACAUCAUCCUGGGAAGAAACGCGUUUGAUGCCGUAGAUGCAACAUUCGACUGUGAGAAGGGAGAGGGAGAAGUGUGUGAGCGAAGAGUCACGUUGGUCCAAACCCCUGGAUGGCUGCGAGGAUAUCAGCUGUGUGAUACAGCAGGACUUUUCAAGACAGAGACGAUUCUCAGCGUCACUCUGUGUCCACCUGGACUGCAUGGUUUCCUGCUGGUGAUUAAUGCUGAGCUUCCAUUCACAGAUGUCUACAAGAAGACGACAAAGGAGCACUUGGAGUAUUGUUUUGGUGAGAAGGUGUGGGAUCACACUGUAGUGGUCUUCAGCCACAGAGGCGAUAUGGACCAUGAAACCAUUGAGGAUUACAUCAGUAAAGAAGGGGCACCACUCCAGUCGCUGCUGGAGGCCUGUGGUAACAGGUAUCAUGUUCUCUGUGAUGAUGGGACAGACAACAGCACGAACGUCAGACAGCUGUUUGAGAAGCUCGACACCAUGGUGGCAGAAAACAGUUGUUAUGAAGUUGAGAGCAGGCUGAUACAAACUGUUGAAGAGAGGAGGAAGGAGGUGGACAAAAAAGCUGAGGAGUUGCGUCUGCAGACACAACAAGAAAGGCAAAGGCUCAGAAGGCUCCUGAGUGAGCCAAAACCCAGUCUGAGAAUCUUGAUGGUCGGGUGGGUGUUUUCUGGGAAGAGUGCCGCUGGCAACAGGAUUUUAAGAAGCAAACAGUUUCAGUCUGGUGAGAGAACAAUGAAAGCUUUAAAGCAAAGUGGCGAGGUGGCUGGAAGAGAGGUCGUCAUCGUGGACACUCCUGGAUGGUGGAAAUUCUUCCCAGCGACGUACACCCCUCAGAUUGUGAAGUCUGAGAUUUUAGAAGGGGUGUCUCUGUGCUCGCCAUCACCAAAUGUCGUUCUGCUGGUGGUGCCGCCUGACACAUCAUUUACUGAUGAACAAAAAAGAGUCACAGAGGACAACAUGAGGCUACUUGGACAGAGAGUGUGGAGACAUGUAAUACUGCCGUUUACAUCUGGGGACACUUUGGGAAACAAAACUAUAGAGCAACACAUUGAAAGUGAAGGAAAGCCUCUCCGUGGGCUGAUUGAGAAAUGUGGAAAGAGGUAUCAUGUCCUUGACAACAGGAGCAAAGCUGAUGAUCAGGUAACAGAGCUGCUGGAGAAGAUGGAGGAGAUGGUGGCAGGAAACUGUUCUUUGUACCUCAAUGAAACAGAUGAUCCACAACAACAAGAGAAAAGUGAUGAACCAACUAAAAACAAAGAUGAGAGCACAGCCAAAGAGAUCACAGAACAACUUAACAUUGAAUGGGAUCGCAAGAACUGGGAAGAACACUGUACGUUAAAAGGAGACGACAGUAUGAGUUUCCUAAUGAACUUUAGUGAAGACAAGCAGAGGCUCAAAGAUUUUGAAGGAGAGGAAGAAGACAAACUACAAAGUGAAGAUGAUGCAGGAUCCGUCUCUCUGAACAUGAUUAAGAGAUUGAUGGAGAAAGAGUGGAUCAGACGAGAGGCAGCAGUGGAACAUAUCCACAUGUUCUUUGCAGGUGAGAGAGCCAUCUCUGAACCAGAUGCUGUUAAGCUGCGGGAAUCAAGAGAAAAAGUCCUAUCAUGGCGGGAAACCAUCAAAACUUCAGGCUAUGGGUCAAACUCUACCACCAGCAGGGAAGCAGAGGAAGAGACUGAACAAGAAGUACUUCCAUGUUAAAACCAUGUUUAUAAUGUGAAAGAACACCAAGUCAUUUACUGCACUUCAUUGAACCAAAGUGUUUGGUACACACAGGACUGUCAUCAGGAAGCUUUACACUUGUGUUCAAACCAUUUAAAUACAAACUACAACACAUUGUAGAGGGAAGUUACUCUGCAUUGAUGAUUUGUAGCUGGUUAGGCUGUAAAGACGCUCCUCUCAGUCGGACAAUAUUAACAAAAUAUUAGAUUGUAUUUGAAAAAUUAUACACUGCAGUAUUACUGAUGGAGUAACUAGCUACAUACACCUCGUUUCCAGUUCAACCAGUGAAAACCAUUUCUGUUUGAAACAUUGUCAUGAUCAUGUUGAAGAAAGAAACUGGGGAACAAGAUGACAGUGUGCAGAUAUUUUCCAUAUCUUUUAGUGCAGAUUAUUGUUACCUGGCCAGCACCUGCAAAUGAUUUAUAGUUGUGGUUGUGGCUGAUGAUUGUCUUGUUAAAGUGAAAGCAUCUCAUGAACUAGUACAAAGACGCUCCAGCAAAAACAACCCUUAAUACUAUGGCCUCAGUUUACUACUAUUAUGUUUGUGUUGGAGGCCAAAUCAAAAACAGGUACAUGUGUUUUUAAGUGUAAUACAGGAGGAUCAUGGAUAUAAAGGAUUGUAUAACUACAUUUUAUUACCUAUAUUAUUUUAUGAUAUACUGUUGUUGACCCCAGACAGUGAAUAAAUAUGGUCUGGGUGGAGAUGUAUGUAUAUUUGUACAGUUAAAACUCCAGGACCUGCCCUGUUGGCUGAAGCUGGGGCAAAUGGCGCCAAUGAUGGAUGAAGAAAAUCUGAAAUACCUGUCAUACUGUACAUUGUUUCUACUGCAGACAACAGCAGUUUGACGUGUGUCACUUUGUCCCAGGAUGAUUUCGUGACAGCAGUGAGAUUAUCUGUACAGACAAGCACUGAUAUAAUCUCUGCUAUGAAGAAGAAAUAUUUGGGUUUUUUCAUGAGAAUCUUCAUGACAAAAAUAUUGAAGACGCAGAUUUUAUUUUCACUUUUGGAAAGAUUGUUUUUAGAACAGAAGAAAGUCAUUUUUGGAAGUAUAAUCAAAAGCUUACAAUGACAUAAUCUGAUUAAUGUGACAAAUUAAGUUCCAGACUAAAAUAAAAUUAAAAAGUAAUCACAUCUCUAAAUAAAAAGACUGAAAUAUGGUUUGCUUUAGUAUCACAUAAUAAAGGAGAAGCUUCAGAGAUAAGAUUAAACACAUUCACUGAUUUUUUUUGUUUUAUACUGUUAAAUGAUUUUCUAUACCAUAUGACUAUUUUCAUUAAAGAAUAAAGUCUUAAUAAUAAAAAUAUAUAUAUAUAUUUUUAUGCUGCUAUUUAUGAUCUUGUGAGUCUGUACUUCACUGUAUGAAGAAUGAAGUGAGAUCUACGACAUUUACCCAGGAAAUGCAGGAUUUGUAUCAUGUGUGCACUGUUGUAUUCUAUGUACUGGAAUAAAGAUGCCUUCUCCAAUCCUCAUCAAGUCCUGCUUUG